AUGUUUUACCAACAUCUUGUGCAUGAAAUCCAGUCACAACUACAAAAAGUUGGACAACCAGCCCUCAGGGUUCCCCGCUGUUUCUACACUUCUGUAGAAGAAAGCCGAGAAGUUAUUUUCCUUGAAGACCUUUGCCCGAAAGGAUUCAGGAUGUUCGACCGCAAGAAAGGCCUGGACGUCGCCCACACCAAGCUCGUCCUCGAGGAACUGGCCAGACUCCACGCAGCCUCGUGGCUCCUCAAGGACGAGAUUCCUGACCUUGUCGACAAGUACCCAAUCCUCACUUUAGACAUUUUAAACUAUGCUGAUGACGCAAGGGAGACAAUGCAGGGAUUGUUUUGCCGACAGAUGGAUGUAGUCAAGAAUAUGCUAAAUGAAGUUGGUGGCUAUGAAGUGGCGGAGAACUGGCUCGGCAGAAACAAGGAAAGAGUGCUAGAAAUAUUGCACAACAGCCUAAAAAGGGCUCCUCCAUUUGAUGCGUUGUGCCACGGUGACUGCUGGACCAACAACCUGGUUUUUAGAUACAACGAAGCAGACGUUCCUGUGGAAGUAAUGUUACUAGACCUACAAGUGUGUCGUCAGGCAUCCCUUGCCACGGAUCUCAACUACCUCUUCCACACAAGUCUAGAAGGCCAGGUAAGGAAGACAAACCUUCAGACAUUGAUAGACAUCUACUUCUCGGCUUUUCUCAGAGUCACAGAAGCAGGGAAAAGAGCCAUGCCCUUCUCCCGGCAAGAGCUUCGUCAGGAGUACAGGAACCACCUCGAAUUCGGUCUACUAAAUGCAGUGCUGCUGAAUGUCAUGGUUCUCUGCGAAGGGGGUAUUAACAAGGAGGACCAGGAAGGCUUUUCGGAAUCGAUGAGAGAUGCUUUAGAUCAACUCGUAUCGACGUCACCAUUACUGCGUCCCAGAUUCCUUUUAUCAAAGUCCAAAACCUCUAAAAAUGUUCACAAUAAAGGCAUUCAGACUAAUAUGCAACCUUUCAAGUCAAAAAUUAUUCUAAGAGAGACAAGAAAUUAUCCAUAA